AUGGACCCAUUUCGAGGAUCAAAGCGUAGUUCUAUCUCAUUUGGUAACUUCCAGAGACAGCCUAAUAGCUACGCGACAGGUGCAUACGAUGGUGGAGUGGGCUUAAUGCAGAAUCCAAACCUUGGAAGUAGUACUAGCAACAGCGGUGGUACCGGUAUCAAUACCGGUAACAACGGUGCAAGUGCUAAUAUGACUUCUAGGUCCCCAAUGUAUUCACCGCUUCAAUAUUCACAAUUUGAUUACAACCAACCGGCUUAUAGCCCGGGUUAUUCACCGUUCCAUCCUUUAAGAAGUCCAGGACCCCCUGUACUUACUAAACCUGUAUGCGAGUAUGAGGCAAAGUACCCUCUUUUCGGAUUAGACUGGAGCAAUGAAGACUUUGUAUGUCUGGGAUCCUACAGGGAUGGUAGCACGAAUUCUUUGCAUAUUUUACAUUCGGGAGAUCUUCUUUCAUGGGACCGGGUGGCUGAAUGUAAUGUGACGUUCCCCGUUAGUACUAUUCAAUGGCAACCAUCAAUGACACAUCCACGUAGAUUUGCUACGUGUAGUGAUUCGUUGAGAAUAUGGAGCUUUUGUGAAGAGGAGAGAAAUCUACAGGAACAAAUUAACCUUUCUCUAUGCAAAUACGACAAACAACAACAAGGUGCCUCCAGGGUGAAUGCUGCCGCUGGCGGCAGUGGUAGUAUACGGACCAAUCCACAACAACAACAAGGACUCAUUGGAGAACUACCACCUAUCACAUCUUUCCAUUGGAACCCUGUAGACCCAAAUCUGCUGAUUUCCAGUUCCAUCGAUACAACUUGCAUCGUUUGGGAUCUACAGAGUAGUAAUUACGUGCGUACUCAAUUAAUUGCACACGAUAGUGAAGUAUAUGAUGUUAGAUUUUUAACACAGACUACACAACUAUUUUCCAGUUGUGGUGGUGAUGGUAGUGUGCGUGUCUUUGAUUUAAGAUGUUUGGCACAUAGUACUAUCAUUUACGAACCUCCCAGUUCUCCAGCGACUUUACAACCUACCACUGCUGCUGGUUCAUCCUCAGCUGCGGAUUCAGAUACAGGGGUUCCACUACUGCGACUGGAACCUUCUCCGUUUGAUCCAAAUGUCAUUGCUACGUUCGCAAUAGACUCCCCUCGUGUUCUAAUCUUAGACAUGCGUAAUCCCGGUUCACCAGUACUUGUAUUGGAAGGCCAUUCGGCGGCCGUAAACCAAAUGAGAUGGCAUCCUUCCAAACGUAACGUACUUUUAUCAUGUGCUGAUGACUGCCAAGUUCUCUACUGGGACUUAAACAACUAUAUUAUGGGGCAUCCUACAGAUCAAGAUCCGGAUCAUGCCGUGGACUCGCAACAACAAAACAAUCCUGUAGCCAAAUGGAACUCUAAAAAUGUGCUACGCACACUGGAUACUCCAUCGAUGUUCUAUUCCAACGGUGGGCAAGAGGUAAACAACAUCGUAUGGAGGCCGCAGGGCGAUGAUUGGUUCGGUAGUGUUGCUGGUAACGUGUUUCAAAAUGUCAGACUAUGA